UCACAAACAAAGCACAGAGGGGAAAUGUCAAUGCACCUUCAUCCUACCUCCAACUCAUGAACUUUGUCUUUUUGUAAUUGAACGUAUUUGCUGUUUGUGGUCACGAUGAAGCUGUUCUCUGCACUUUCUUUACUUGCUCUCCUUAUUGUAGCACAAACCAGAGAGAAACAUAAAGAAAAGAAGCGAAAAUCAGGACUAGUUUUAACAGAAAGUGGGCAUUUGUGCCACUUUCCAUUUCAUUAUGGCAGAGCAAUGUAUAAUUCCUGCAUUAGAAAAGGGAAGCACGGACCUAAAGCAUGGUGCUCUCUAACCAAGAACUAUGACCGAGAUCAAAGGUGGUCCUAUUGUAUAGAGGGCCAUGACGUGAAAGACUACUGUGAUGAUAAUCCCUGUGAAGCCAGAGGUGUAUGUGAGAACAAAUUGAAAGGCUAUGAGUGCAUAUGCAAAGAGCCAUACACAGGCCGGCACUGCCAGAUAGACAAGUGUUUUGAUAAAAAGUUGCUCCGAUACUUUGAGCCUAAAGAGAAGUGGCUGCGUUACUCACCUCCCAAAUUAGAGGAAUGUGUGUGCCAUGAAAAGUCGAUCACUUGCAAAACAACCACAGGGAAAGAAUGCCUUCACAGUCCGUGUCUGAAUGGAGGACAUUGUAUCCAAACAAAAAAAAACACAGUUUGCGGCUGUACCCAAGGAUACUCUGGGCUUUAUUGUGAGAUACGCCAAAAUGAAUUUUGUUACACUGGUAAUGGCAGUAGCUACAGAGGUACUUCAAAUGUCACUGUGACAGGCACACCGUGUUUGCACUGGGACUCUGACAUCAUUCAAGAUUUAUUUGAAAUGUACAGUGAUGGACAAGCAAAGCAUUCUGGAUUAGGGGAUCAUCCAUACUGCAGGAACCCUGUUGGAGAUGUCCAACCUUGGUGUUAUGUGCUGAAGGAGCAAAGAGUAAGCUGGGAAUAUUGCCUUAUCUCACCGUGCAACCAGACUGCAGCUAGCAUAUCUCCGCCCAAAGUCAAUGAAACUCUACAUAUAUUAAAUGCAUCUAAUGCCACAUCAAGCAAGCCUGAGCCUACAGGGGCACCUAAUGUUCAGAUCGAUUUAAGCAGAGGAUUAGGUGGGAAUUGUGGGAAGAGAUUUCGGAAAAGUCCUUCUAUUAGUCCACGGAUUGUAGGGGGGCUGGUGGCUCUCCCAGCCUCCCACCCUUACAUAGCGGCACUGUACAUUGACAAUCGGUUCUGUGGAGGGUCUCUCAUCUCCUCCUGUUGGGUUUUAACUGCAGCUCAUUGUUUAUAUCACAGACCGCAUGUGACUAAGAUAUCUGUAGUGCUAGGCCAAAGCCUAUACAAUACGACAGACCAGUAUACAAGCACAUUUCCAGUAGAAAAAUAUAUACUGCAUGAGUUGUACAACGAUGAGACGUUUCAACAUGAUAUUGCCCUUAUAAAGCUGAAGUCAGGAAAUGAAUUUUGUGCUGCGUUCUCACAGUUUGUGCAGCCUGUGUGUCUACCAGAAAUCCACAAGACAGCCAGUGCCACAACGAAGUGUGAAGUGGCUGGAUGGGGACACCAAUACCAUGAUGCUGAUCAGUAUGCAUUCUUUUUGCAAGAAGCAUUUGUUCCAAUUAUUCCAAACUCACAGUGCCAAGACCCCGAGGCCCAUGCCAGUAGAAUCCUGCCUGGGAUGCAGUGUGCCGGCUUUAUGGAGGGAGGGAUAGAUGCAUGCCAGGGAGACUCUGGCGGACCACUUGUAUGUGAAGUGGAUGGUCGUGUGGAACUGCACGGGAUUGUAAGCUGGGGAGAAGGCUGUGGCGAGGAGAACAAACCUGGAGUCUACACUGAUGUCUCAAAUUAUAUUGACUGGAUUAUCGCUAAAAUCAGAUGAACCUAAAUAAAAGAAAUACAUAAA